AUGAACAGGAGCGUGGAAGCCCACAGCAUCCUUAUGAAGAAAGGGUUCAAUGUCAAGUCUUUUGGAGCUGGAUCCCGUUUGGGAGAGCUGGACCCAGCCGGUCAUCCUCCUGGCUUCAGAGUUCCCUCGGCCCCUGAAGUCUACUCGUCUGGCUGGGAGUCCCAAGGAGCCGCCAUCACGCCUUCCUCUCCGCUCAGGGUGGCUGUGGUCUGUAUGAGUAACAUGAACAGGAGCAUGGAAGCCCACAGCAUCCUCAUGAAGAAAGGGUUCAGUGUCAAGUCUUUUGGAGCCGGAUCCCGUGUGAGGCUCCCAGGACGUGCAGGUAACCUCCCCGUGGUUUAUGAUUUUUCCACCACGUAUGAGCAGAUGCGCAAGGACCUUCUCCACAAAGAUGGAGAACGCUAUAGAAGCAAUGGCGUCUUACACAUCUUGGGAAGAAACGAGAGAAUCAAGCCUCGCCCGGAAAGAUUUCAAGAGUGCAGGGAUCCCUUUGAUGUCAUCUUCACGUGUCAGGAGAGCGUCUAUGACAGGGUGGUGGCAGAUCUGUGCACCCGGGAACAGGAGACCUGUCAGCCUGUGCACGUGAUCAACGUGGACAUAGACGACACCCUGGAGGACGCCACUCUUGGAUCUCUGAUCAUCUGUGAGCUCUGCCAAGGUCUCCAGCAGGCGGAUGACAUGGAAAGCAGUCUGGCUGAGCUUCUCCUGGCAGCAGAGGGGAAAACAGGAAGGAGCUUUCUGCACACGGUCUGCUUCUACUGA